AUGUCAAUCCCAACAGACCCUCGUGAGCCUAUCCCGGGUUCAAAUGUCAUUCUGAUUGAUAAUUACGAUUCGUUCACUUGGAACGUCUACCAAUUCCUUGUACUUGAGGGCGCACAAUGUACUGUAUUCCGGAACGACAAGAUAACCUUGCAAGAGGUUAUCGAUCUCAACCCGACGCAGAUUGUGAUCUCUCCUGGCCCUGGACACCCAGAGACCGACUCGGGAGUCAGUAUACCAUGUAUCAAGCACUUCGCAGGAAAGAUCCCAGUAUUUGGUGUCUGUAUGGGAGUGCAAUGCAUCUUUAGCGCUUUCGGUGGCACCGUAUCGUUUGCUGGGGAAAUCGUUCACGGAAAGACUUCACACAUCAAGCAUGACUCAAAGGGAAUUUAUCGCAAUGUUCCCCAGGACAUUGCAGUCACCCGCUAUCACUCUCUUGCUGGGACACUCGCCACACUGCCAUCCGUACUCGAGAUUAACUCCAAAACAGAAAGCAACGUGAUCAUGGGAGUUAGACAUAAAGAAUUCACAGUUGAGGGAAUUCAAUACCACCCGGAGAGUAUUCUGACUGAGGAAGGCCGUUUGAUGAUCCGGAAUUUUCUUGAGAUGAAGGGUGGAACUUGGAAAGAGAACGAGAGCUAUGCAACCGCAGGAACUACAAGCUCUGUACCCGCCCAGUCGUCGACAUCGCCUCAAGAUGCUGCUUCGGGCUCUAUUCUUGACCGAAUUUAUGCCCACCGUCGCAAUGCAGUCGCUGCUCAAAAACUGUUGCCUUCUCAGCGACCAUCGGAUCUCGAAACCCUUCACUCACUGUCUAUCUCUCCGCCCCAAAUCGACCUAGUUAGCCGCCUGCGCUCCAUUUCGACCAAAUGCGCACUUAUGGCCGAAAUCAAGCGUGCAUCACCUUCAAAGGGUUUGAUUGACAUCGAUGCUUCAGCUGCCGUCCAAGCCCGGACAUAUGCUCUCGCCGGCGCGGCCGCUAUAUCAGUAUUGACGGAACCCGAGUGGUUUAAGGGGUCGAUUGAUGAUCUCAGGGCUGCUAGGCAGGCAGUCGAGGGAAUGCCUAACCGACCAGCAAUCUUGAGGAAAGAAUUCAUAUUUGAAGAAUACCAGAUCCUCGAGGCCCGGUUGGCUGGUGCUGAUACUGUUCUCCUUAUUGUUAAAAUGCUCAGCGACGAGGAGCUAGAGAGGUUAUAUAAAUACUCCGCAGAAACGCUAGGAAUGGAGCCACUCGUGGAGGUAAACAGCAGUGAGGAAAUGAAGAGGGCAUUGAAAAUCGGUGCUAAAGUCAUUGGUGUCAACAAUCGUGACUUGCACUCAUUUAAAGUGGACCUUGAGACCACUAGUGGAUUGGUUGGAAUGAUUGACAAAGAGAAGGUAAUUCUUUGUGCUCUCAGUGGAAUCUCAGCGAGAGAUGAUGUAGCACGAUACGAAAAAGAAGGGGUUGGUGCUGUUUUAGUGGGCGAAGCCCUGAUGAGGGCAGGGAAAACUGUGGAUGUCUUCAUCAACGAAUUACUCAAUGAGCCAACCUCGGCACCAGCUAAAGCCCCAGAACUGAGGCCGGAAGUUUUGGUAAAGAUCUGUGGAACUCGUACUGUGGAAGCCACUAAAGUAGCGGUUGAAUCAGGCGCCGAUAUGAUUGGCAUGAUUCUUGCCGAGGGCACAAAACGAACUGUUGACCUUGACACCGCUAAAGCAAUUUCCGUCGUCGUCCAUACAACCCCUAAAGGCGGCGUCAAGUCUUCAUCAGCUGCCUCUACCCCACCGUCGCCGGUCACUACAGCAGAAGACUGGUUCACUCACUCCAAGAAAAGCCUCAUCUCCCACCCAACCCGCGCCCUUCUUGUGGGCGUCUUCAGGAAUCAGCCACUCUCGUAUGUCCUUCAGAAACAGCAAGAGCUAGAUUUGGAUAUCGUGCAGCUUCAUGGGUCAGAACCACUUGAAUGGGCUCGUCUUCUUCCCGUCCCAGUUAUUCGCCGCUUCUCACCUGGUGAAGCUGGCCUUGAUAAGCGUGGGUUACACGCUAUGCCAUUACUUGACUCUGGUGUGGGUGGUACUGGCGAGAGGCUUGAUGUAGCAGAUAUUAAAAAGACUUUGACCGAGGGCGCAAUUAAGACCCCAGUGAUGUUGGCGGGUGGCUUGAACUACAGAAAUGUAGCGGAUGUGGUAGGAGAUGAGGAGGGUUUGGUGGCUAUGGGAGAUCUAAUGAAGAUCAGAAGAUUUGUGUACACGGCUAAAGGAAGAGUUGAAUAA